GUCCCCAGCUGCCCCAGCUCCUCCUGAGCUCAGCUCCUCCUCAGAGAGCAGAGAGGACAGACACUCUCCUUGCCUUCCUGGGGGUUGGCAGAGCCACUGCUCCCCGCCUGCUGCCUGGCUGAUGGAGAGAUUAAUCCUAAGCCCUUCCCGGCAGCACCUCCACCCCCUCAUCUCAGGCAGGACCAUGUUGGCUGUCCCCGUGGGACUUGGAGCACCAAGUCCAAUGCUGAGGUAGGACAGUUGGCCCAGCUCCUGCAGCAUCCGGACCUUCAGCUUCCAGGAGGAGGGAGGACUUCAGAGCCCUUCUAGAGAGCCACCUUGUGCCUCUGCUCUUCUGCAGAUUCAGACUUAAAAAACUUCUGUUCAAUAGAGGAGGCCAAAGAAGGACUGAAUGCUGCUGACCCUCUGCCAGGGCUGCUGUGUUGGGUGUUGGUUUGAUUUGGGACUUGGUUCGGUUUUGGUUUUCUUUUCAUUCCCCCACCCCCCACCUCUCUGUCACAAACCUGUCUCUUUCCCGGUCACUGAGACAUGGGCUCCCCAUGCCCGGCAGAGAACCGGCUGGGAACAUACUUCCUUAAACAAGCGGCUGCACUCCUCCCGCUUGCUGCUGGCUGUGUGCUGUGAACCAAGUAACGCAUGCAGAAUAGCCGAGUGCAUGCAGAAUGUGAAACGGCAGGGCGAGUGUGAAACGCAAGGAGACCCCCACUCACUCCUCCUCGCAGUCCGCCAGACUCCGGCUGGCUCUGGAAUGGAAGGGCACUUUUAUCUCCAUCGGCUCCUGGCUGGAGUGCCUCCCUCAAUGCAGACUGCUGAGCCCACUGCUCCCUGGCCUGACAGUCUGAGACAAUGCCCAUGUCUUCCCGAGGCAGGGACCUGCAUCCUGGACAUCAUCACUUUGGCCCCUGCAGCCCCUUGACCCAGUUCUGGCCUGGCCCGGAGCCUCAGUCAGUCAAAGGCCUCUACUACCGCAGGGCCCGGAAGGUGAGCACCUUGGAUGCCUCUCCAGAGGCCAACCUGAAGGAGAUCCUGGUGAACGUGGGUGGCCAGCGGUACCUGCUGCCCUGGAGCACCCUGGAUGCCUUCCCGCUGAGCCGCCUGAGCCGGCUCCGGUUGUGCCGCAGUUAUGAGGAGAUCACACAGCUCUGUGAUGACUACGAUGAGAACAGCCAGGAGUUCUUCUUUGACAGGAACCCCAGCGCCUUUGGGGUGAUCGUGAGCUUCCUGGCCGCGGGAAAGCUGGUGCUUCUGCGAGAGAUGUGCGCCCUGUCCUUCCGGGAGGAGCUGAGCUACUGGGGCAUCGAGGAAGCCAACCUGGAGCGCUGCUGUCUACGCAAACUGCUGAAGAAGCUGGAGGAGGCUGCCGAGCUGCGCCGGGAGGAGGCCGCCCAGCGCCAGCAGCAGCGCCAGGCCUGCCACUCCGAAGUGCAGGCUUCGCGAUGGGCCCGCAGCAUGAACCAGCUGCGGGAGAUGGUGGAGGACCCACAGUCAGGGCUGCCCGGGAAGGUCUUCGCUUGCCUCUCCGUUCUCUUCGUGGCAACCACGGCUGUCAGCCUGUGUGUGAGCACCAUGCCCGACUUCAGGGCUGAGGAGGACAAGGGAGAAUGCGCUAGAAAGUGCUACUACAUCUUCGUGGUGGAGACCAUCUGUGUGGCCUGGUUCUCCCUGGAGUUUUGCCUGCGCUUUGUCCAGGCCCCGAACAAAUGUCAGUUCUUCCGCGGGCCCCUGAAUGUCAUCGACAUUCUAGCCAUCUCCCCAUACUACGUGUCGCUCGCGGUGUCUGAUGAGUCCCCGGAGGCAGGUGAGAGGCCGAGUGGCAGCUCCUACCUGGAGAAAGUGGGGCUGGUGCUGCGUGUUCUGCGGGCACUGCGCAUCCUCUAUGUGAUGCGCCUGGCCCGCCACUCGCUGGGGCUGCAGACGCUGGGCCUCACUGUGCGCCGCUGCGCCCGAGAGUUUGGCCUCUUGCUGCUCUUUCUGGGUGUGGCGGUUACCCUUUUCUCUCCUUUGGUCUAUGUGGCUGAGAAUGAGUCCGGAAGGGUCCUGGAGUUCACUAGCAUCCCCGCGUCCUAUUGGUGGGCCAUCAUCUCCAUGACCACGGUGGGCUAUGGGGACAUGGUCCCUCGUAGCGUGCCGGGACAGAUGGUGGCUCUGAGCAGCAUCCUUAGCGGGAUCCUCAUCAUGGCUUUCCCAGCCACAUCCAUCUUCCACACGUUCUCUCACUCCUACUUGGAGCUGAAGCGGGAGCAGGAGCAGGUCCAGGCCCGCCUCCGGCGUCUUCAGAACAACAAUUCAGCCAGCGAACGGGAGCUCCUGAGUGACGUAGAUGACCUGGCCCCGGAGGACCUGACCUCCCCAGGCCGCUACAUGUAGCUGCCACCACCUUAGGAAUGUGCCAUAGCUUCAACCCAUUCCAUGGCUGAGAAGGGCUCCUGCAUCUCCCGUGGACCACCCGGGGGGUGUGAGCUCAGAAUACUGACUUACCUCCAAAGCAGGAAAUGUGCCAGGUCAUGACAUCAUUGGUGUGAUCCUGGGCCCAUCCCUAUUCCUUCCCCGGCUCCCUGCCAGUCUCUGUGUACUGCCUAUCUUUCCUCCCCUUCCUCGCAAACUCUGAUAUUUCACCCUGGGCUCUGGAUGCUCACAGAACUGACCUCCACCAAUAACCAAAUACAAAGUCUACAGAUUUCCAUCUUCUCCCUCAGAGCCCCUGUCCUGGGCCACACCACUCCUGAGAAUCAGAGAGCUCGGGCACUGAGACCUGCUCAAAGCUUCACGAAGCCUGCAGGAUCUUACGUUCUUUUACUGCCUUCUACCGCCAACCAUGUUUCCAAAUGUCACAGAAGCACUUACUGUUCUAGAAGCUCUUAGGCAAGAAGGCAUCCCUGGCUACUUCAGCAAAUCCUGUCAGGUCCUCAUGGCUGAAAGCCUGCUGUCACCAACAACACACCUGGGGACCUACCUGGGCAAGUACCCAGUUGGCCAUCUGGACUCUGGGUGGACAGUCUCUAGUUACCCAGCUCUUAGCUUUGACAACGGGACUCUGAGAACUGUAUAAUGUCUCUUCAGAGAACAAUGGCAACAGGAGGAAAGUCAGUCAACUAAAUAUGGCUGAAGACUCAGCGGGACAGCCUUAGGUCUUCCCGGUUUUAGCUACUCUCUUGCUCGUGACUCACACUGAUGGAGGACAGAUAUCCCUGCUGUCUCAGUGUCCACAUAUCCAUGUGUUCAUCUGUCCACAGACUCAGCCCUGGGGCCCACAGAGGAGGCAGAUCACUAUGACUUACAGAGACGAAUCUGAAAUAAAGUGACCCCCUGAGCAGCCAGGGCCCCAAAGUACAGCAUUAGGGGGCUAAUGCUGGAAGGACAUUUCCUGGGGUACUUGGGGGCAGAGCAGUAGGAUAGGCUAGGAUCAGGAGCUGGUGGACCUCAGAGCACUGUGGCUGUAGUAGGGGGGUGAGGAUGAGGUGAACAGUCCAAGGGGUCGUGAGACCACGUAGAAGUAGGAUUGCCAUCUGGGACCUGCCUGUGGGUUCAACUCCUCUAUGACACUACCAGUCUGGUACAGCACACCCAGGAGAGACCCCUGUGCCACUUCUCAGGCAUUUACACAGUUCUGCUGUCAUUUGAUAUUGGCCGUGAGGCCACUGGAGAAAGUACGACGGGUGACAGCGAGAUAGAUGGGACCCUGUGAAUCUGAUGAGGCUCAUGCGUGGGUACAGUCAGUACUGCAGCCCUGCUAACACAUGCCUGGCUAUCCGUCUUUCCACUAAUAUUAAGCUGAGACCUGCUGCACACCAUGUCCUCACUUUCCUGACUGUAGCCACCACAUGGCCAAUGGCUCUGCCCAGAGAAGCCCCAGCAUCUACCCUGAAGUGCAUCUCGCCCAUGUGGGAAGUCUCACAUCCAGACUCCCCAAACAGAUGCACACACAUGCGCCCAUCCCUCUAGACCUCGAGGUGCAGGGAGCGCCCUUAGUUUUUCUCAAACUCACAUGUCUCAAGUAAGCCCUAUAAUUAUAUCACACUAGGAGAGCUGAGGCCCUGAGCUGAGGCCCACGGUAUGCUGCUUUGCCCCAGGAUUCAGCUAGCAGGGGUCCUGGGGGGGGGUACCUGGAUGUAUUCUGAGAAUGUAUUAAAAAUAGUUAUAGUAACCUUUUGCGGGCUGGAGAGAUGGCUCAGUGGUUAAGAGCACCGACUGCUCUUCCAGAGGUCCUGAGUUCAAAUCCCAGCAACCACAUGGUGGCUCACAACCAUCUGUAAUGGGAUCUGAUGCCCUCUUCUGGUGUGUCUGAAGACAGCUACAGUGUACUCACAUAUAAUAAAUGAAUAAAUCUUUAAAAAAAACAAAAACAAGGGGCUGGGGAUUUAGCUCAGUGGUAGAGCGCUUACCUAGGAAGCGCAAGGCCCUGGGUUCAGUCCCCAGCUCCAAAAAAAAAAAAAACCUUUUGCCCCAGGCUGUUUGUCUGUCUGUUUGUUUUUAGACAGGGCCCCACAGCUAGACCUUCUGCCUCAGCUUCCUAGUGCCCAGGUUAACUUUUUCAUAAUUACUAUUAGGUAAAACACUAGACGGUCAGUUUUUCCUUUAUGUUCUUAAGGACAGAUGGCAUGGGUACCGUCUGAGUGUUUCACUCUAUGACUGUGAGGAGGUACAUGUGUUUCCUGGUAAACCACAGGUUUGGGCCAGAUUUGAGGCUCUAGCUGAGGUUCCACAGAAUACUCUUGGGGGCUGCUGUUGUUGGGGGAAGAGCAGCCAAGCAGGCAGAGGUCCCAUUGGCCAAUGAUGACCACACGGUCACACGAUGUCUAGAAGAAUACAGAAAUGUCUAGACACCUCCUCCCUUCCAAGCCAGGGCUGUCCACAGAGCGUGAUCUGAGAUGCUGAGUUCACUGUGGAACCACUGGAGAAGCCACUGGGGACCUGGCCCCUUGUCAGCUCGGCGUCUCUCCCUCUCUUCUGACCUCAUCUGCACCACAUGCUUAAUGUGAUGUCUUCUAGCAGUCAGCCCGAUGCUCACCAGGCAUCUCCACGGUUCUCCGUGUCACCAAAAUGUACCGGGGCCAAAAGAAAAGUCAAAAGUCAGCAUGUGCCAAACCCAUAAAGGGCAUUAAAUGUCUCCAGUGUCAGCGUC